AUGUUAACAAGCAAGGUCGGCUCCAUAUUUCGCCGGUCCCUCCAGCUGCGAUGCCUUGCAACGGCAGCAGCCGGAGAAUCAUCUAACUUAUACCAGAUUGGUGAAAAGCUUCAUGGAUAUACUAUCAAGGAAGUCCAGAAGGUGCCGGAGUUCUCUUUGACCGCCGUGAGGUUGGAACAUCAGAGAACAGGGCUGGAGCAUUUACAUUUGGAUGCUCCCGCUGAUAAGAACAAUGUGUUUUCGGUUGCCUUGAAGACUAACCCCUUGGAUGCUAAAGGAACUCCCCAUAUCUUGGAGCACAUCACACUCUGUGGCUCCAGAAAGUACCCAGUGAACGAUCCGUUUUUCAAGAUGCUAAACAGGUCUUUGAACAACUUCAUGAAUGCCAUGACGGGCCAUGAUUACACAUUCUAUCCCUUUGCAACCACUAACAAGACUGACUUCUACAACUUGAUGGACGUCUACUUGUCUUUGGUCUUUGAUCCGCUCUUGAACCACCAAGAUUUCUUACAAGAGGCCUGGAGAAUGGAACAGCUGGAUAUGACGGAUAAGGCGAGCCCCAUGGAAUAUAAAGGUGUGGUGUUCAAUGAGAUGAAGGGCCAGUACUCAAACUCCGCGUACCUCUUCUGGAUCAAGUUCCAAGAGGCCAUUUAUGGAAGUUUGAAUAACUCAGGAGGCGAUCCAAGCAAAAUUCUCGAUCUCAAAUUCAAGGAACUCCAAGCUUUCCACAAGCAAAACUAUAACCCCUCCUACGGUAGGACCUUCACCUACGGUAACCUUCCACUUGAAGCCCAUUUAAAGAAGCUCGACGACUUCUUUGCGGACUUUGGCAGAAGCAAAUCAAAUCAUCGAGAGGUGAAGAAACCAAUUUUCGAACUUGAUAAAUCAAAGCACUUUGACGUUGAAGUUCCGGGUGUGGUUGAUCCUAUGACCACCAAGCCCAUAGAGGAACAGUUGAAGUCUUCCAUUACGUGGUACCUCGGCAACCCUCUUGAUGAAUCUAUGAGAUACGAUGUUUUCAAAUGGAGGAUCUUAAGUACUCUUCUCCUCGAUGGCCACAACGCGCCAUUCUACCAAGAGUUGAUCGAGACUGGUUUUGGUGAGGACUUCUCUCCAAAUACCGGCUUUGACUCGAUGACAGCAAUGAUGAGUUUCACGUUAGGUCUCAGUAAUCUUUCAAAAGAAAAAGUCAAAGAACUUGGUCCAAAAAUUCGCAACAUAUUGGUUGACAAAGUUAUGCCCGAGCUCGCGCGGGACAAGGACAGCUCGUAUCACGAAAGGGUUGACGCCAUGAUUCAUCAAAUCGAGUUGGGGUUCAAGAAACACAAACCUGAUUUCGGUGUGGGCUUGUUGUCCUCGCUCGUGCCUCUGUGGACGAACGGUGCCAAUCCGAUCAAUGCUUUGAAGAUUGACCACAUUCUCAACACGUUCAAGAAAGACUAUGAAGAGAACGGCUUGAAAAUAUUCUCAACCAUGAUCGAAAAAACAAUCUUGAACGAGGAUUCGCCACAGUUCAGAUUCACGAUGAUCCCAGAUGAAAACUUUAAUCAAAGAUUAACACGACAAGAGAAUGAAAGACUUUCGCUGGAAGAGAACAAACUCGAUGAAAAUUCCAGGGAGAGCAUUUAUAAAAGAGGCGAAGACCUUCUCGAGAAACAAAAGAAGAGUGACUCUGGUGUCGAAGUUUUACCUUCGCUUACCGUUGAUGACAUCCCUCGCAAAGGCGACUUUCAUGAAAUCUCAUUUAGUCAAUUGGCUGGUGGUAACGGAAAAAUUCAAAAGAGAAUCACCAACACCAACGAUCUCGUUUACGUCACAGCCACCAAGGACUUGUCUUAUCUUCCAGUCGAGCUUUACAAGUACUUACCGCUUUUCAACUCGUGCUUGACGAACUUGGCUGGAACAUCGCAAUUGUCAAUCUUAGAAUUAGAGAACAAGAUCCAGAGAUAUACGGGUGGCGUGACGUUCACUACGUUUGCUAAAGCGGAUCCCUUUAACAUUAACAAGUUGAACUUCAAGUAUCUGAUGUCGGGAAUGGCAUUGAAGGAGAACACUGGUCAUUUGUAUGAGAUAUGGGAAGAUGUUUUAAGCAAUACCAAGCUUGAUGGGAACGACAAGGAGGUUGUCGAAAAGCUUAAUGUUUUGAUUAAGAAUCUCGGACAGAACCAGCUUAAUAACAUUUCAGACAGAGGCCACGUUUUCGCUAAUUCUUACAGCAACGCUCAAUUAACACCCACGAAGUAUGUCAAUGAUCUUUUUGGAGGAAUUGAGCAGGUCAAAUUUAUACUGGAGCUUAAUAAGAGGUUGGACACCGAAGGAAAGGAGUAUCUUUCGAGAGAAAUCUUGCCAAUUCUCAAGAAAAUUCAACAGUCUCUUUUACAUAAGCAUACGGAGGGUGGAAUUUCUGGCUUCAAUUACAACAUUGUGUCCGAUGCAGCAUCUGUUGCUGAAAACGAGAAGUUGAUCGAGAAGUUUGACCAAAAGCUUGUGUCCAACGAGCUGGUACUGCAACGAAACGUUUUACAGGAUCUCACUGCAGGUUUUAGCCCAGCUAACGGCUCGAAUACUAUUCUCAAAUUGCCGUUGCAAGUGAGUUACGCUUCUCUUGCUCACUUAGGUGCCGCUUUCACUUCGAAGGACGGAGCAGCAUUACAAGUUCUCUCACAGAUCCUUACAUUCAAGCACUUGCAUUCUGUCAUCAGGGAAUCCAACGGUGCUUACGGUGGAGGCCUUAGCUACGAUGGGUUGGGAGGUACUCUCAACUUCUACUCCUACAGAGAUCCUCAUGGUUUGAAGUCUGUCAAGUCAUUCACGGAGGCUGCUUCUAUCGCUAAGGACAACCUUACCAACGCUAAAUGGGGCGAUAAAGAUUUGCAAGAGGCCAAGCUCGCGAUUUUCCAAAGCGUUGAUGCCCCUAGCCAUAUUUCAAGCCAAGGGUCUGAUCUUUUCUUGGAGGGCAUCACGGAUGAAAUGAAGCAGGAAAGAAGAGAGAGAUUUUUAGAUGUCAGUCUUGGCGAUUUGCAAGAUGUUAACGAGAAGUACCUCUUAAAGCCCGAUAUCUCUAUCAAGACCGUCAUCGGUGAUGUCGAAGCUCCAAGCGAGGAGUGGAAGCUGGUACUGUUCUGA